AUGGCUUAUAGACGCUGUCUCUUGCAAAGAGGGAAACUCAUUGAUCGGAAAUGCCACCCUUCUUUCACCUAUAUUCUCCAUCAUAGUGACGAAGGGAAACAUGAUGAAAAAUCUAGUUCAACACGAAUUCGUAAUUUUAUUCAAACAAUGGGGGUUUCCUCAUCUUCUCAAUAUAAACAACUUUCUCCACUCGCUGGGUAUAAUUUCUGUCGAAACAUGUCGACAAUCGAUCGCGAUUUAGAUAAGAUUACCGCAAUGACUGAUGUAACUGAUGUUCUUAUUGAUACCGCCACGGAGGCUGUAGCUUCUCAGGCUCCAGUUGUUAGCGAAGUUGCCGUUGCUGCUGCUGAUUCUUAUUUGCCUAUACAAGCCGCGCAGUAUGCCAUAGAUGCCGUGCAUUCAUUCACCGGGCUAAAUUGGUGGGCAGACAUAGUUCUAACAGCUCUCUUGAUUCGAAUCGCAACUAUUCCAAUCUUACUAUAUCAACUCAAGGACACUUCUAAGCUUGCACUUUACACGAUUCAAUUGAAAGAGAUGACGGAAGAAAUGAGGAAACAAAUGGCUAGGAAGACAUUGGAUCGAGAGGAUGCUUUAAAGGCUCUUGUUGAAUGUCAGAGGCCGCAUAUAGAGCGACUCAGAGAAAAAGGUGUGAAUCCAUAUCUGUCCUUCACGGCAUCAUUCAUUAAUUGUUCUGUCUUCAUUACUUUUUUUCUUGCGAUAACAAACAUGGCUGAAAAAAUGCCAUCAUUCAAACAUGGUGGAGCUUUCUGGUUUACUGAUCUGUCAACUCCAGACGCCUUAUAUAUUUUUCCAGUUUUAACUGGACUGUCAUACUUAGUACUAGUAGAGUGUGAUAUGCAAAAAGGAACGGAAGGAAUUCCUUUAUCUGGUAUGAAGAAAAAUAUCUCUAGGGCUCUUGCUCUUCUUAUAGUUCCUUUCACCAUGAGUUUUCCAAAGGCUGUAUGUUUUUUCUGGAUUACAUCACAUUUGUUUUCAAUUCCGUAUGGAAUGGUGCUUAAAGCUCCCGGUGUAAAGAAAACUUUGGGUAUUCCUGAAGUAAAGAAAUCAAUAUAA